AACCCCUCCAGGAGGUUCUGUACGUGGCAGCGCCGACAACCCCUCUCUGCACUGUUCAUAACCCCGGGGUGCCGAGCGGCUUUGCGUCCGGACGCUGAUGUGUGGCAGUUCUCCUGAAAACGCGGAUUUUUAAAGGUCGUUGAAGGAGACAAAAUGAGGAAAGUCCUGUUUUUUAUGCCCAUCAUCCUGCUGGCCUGCUGCUGCUGGACCUCACAAGGAGAGAUAUUCACCUCCAUUGGUCAGAUGACGGAUCUGGUUUACACUGAAAAGGAGCUGGUCCAGUCUCUAAAGGAGUACAUUAAAGCAGAGGAGUCCAAGCUUGCUGCUAUCAAAAGCUGGGCCAGCAAACUCGAUGCCCUGACUCGAGUGUCCACCUCUGAUCCAGAGGGCUACUUGGCUCAUCCUGUGAAUGCCUACAAGCUGAUGAAGAGGCUCAACUCCGAGUGGUCCGAGCUGGAGACCCUGGUGCUUCAGAACCCCUCCGACGGGUUCAUCUCCAACAUGUCCAUACACAGACAGUACUUCCCAGAUGAGGAGGAUGCGACGGGUGCUGCCAAAGCACUGAUGCGUCUGCAGGACACAUACCAACUGGAUUCAGAAGCUUUCUCCAGAGGAAAGCUGCCAGGUUUGCACACUAAUGCUUUGCUGACAGUGGACGACUGCUUCGACAUGGGGAAGACGGCGUACAACGACGCGGACUACUACCACGCCGUGCUGUGGCUGCAGCAGUCCUUGAAGCAGCUGGACGCCGGAGAGGAAGCUGUGAUUUCCAAGGCGGACAUUCUGGACUACCUCAGUUACUCUGUGUACCAAAUGGGCGACCUCCCUCGAGCCAUCGAGUUGACACGGCGGCUGGUGGCGAUUGACCCCAAACACGACAGAGCGGGAGGAAACCUUCGCUACUUCGAGCGGCUCCUGACGAAACAGCUCAAUGAGAUGAAUCAGACGUACCAGCCCCCGUCGGAGGAGCCCAUCCAGCUGGGAACCUACAGCAGGCCCAAAGACCACCUCCCGGAGAGAGAGACCUACGAGGCUCUGUGCAGAGGAGAGGGGCUGCAGAUGAAUGAAGCCAGGCGGAGCCGUUUGUUUUGCCGCUACCAGGAUGGUAAGAGAAACCCUCGUCUCCUGCUGAAGCCCAUGAAGGAGGAGGACGAGUGGGACAGCCCUCACAUCGUGCGCUACCUGGAGGUCCUGUCACAUGAGGAGAUCGAGAAGAUCAAAGAGCUGGCAAAGCCCAGGCUGGCCAGAGCCACAGUCCGCGACCCCAAAACCGGAGUGCUGACCACAGCCAACUACAGAGUAUCAAAAAGCGCCUGGCUGGAGGCUGAAGAUGAUGUUGUCAUCCAGAGAGUCAAUCAGAGAAUAGAGGACAUCACCGGACUCACAGUAGACACUGCAGAGUUACUGCAGGUCGCUAACUAUGGAGUUGGAGGACAGUACGAGCCACAUUUUGACUUCUCCAGGCGUCCUUUUGACAGCAACCUCAAGAAAGAUGAGCCCGAUGCUUUCAAAAGAUUAGGCACUGGAAAUCGGGUGGCGACUUUUUUAAACUACAUGAGUGAUGUUGCAGCGGGAGGUGCCACGGUGUUUCCCGACUUCGGAGCUGCAAUCUGGCCAAGAAAGGGGACAGCAGUGUUCUGGUAUAAUCUCUUCAGGAGCGGGGAGGGCGACUAUCGGACCAGACAUGCAGCUUGUCCCGUCCUAGUAGGAAGUAAAUGGGUGUCAAACAAAUGGAUUCACGAGCGAGGGCAGGAGUUCAGGAGACCGUGCGGCCUGACGGAAGUGGACUGAAGCCUGGCUCACACCCACACACCUACACAACAUCCAGCAAACACACACAAGACAAACACAACUGCUGCAGUGCCUUAUCGAACUAACCUGAAAAAAAAAUAAUAAUAAAAUUAAAUCCGUCAGCGCUUACAUAAGUGUUCUCUCCAUCAACCUGUCUGCACAGUAAACGCCUUAACGGCUCACGGGACGGCUGUGUGUCGCCGCUGAGUUAGACCUCGGUAGGAGACGUCUUAUCGCUUUCUCCUGGAGUCCUCUGGAUCUCUUCCCCGCGUCACGCCUCUCCCCAACCAGUAAAUCCAAUUAUAAGUUUCCCCGUGUUGUCAUCAUUGUCAUUUGUGUUGGCGUCCGCAGCCAAAUCUCAGCCAAAUCACACCAGAAACUCAUACCUCUGUCUUCGUUUCUCUACUUUUACCACGUUGAAACAGUCAAACCAUGAGAACUGACCUUCAGCAGGGCCCUCACUAUUCAGCUGACUCAAAAUGUGUCUUUUUCAUAUUGUGGCAGAGAAAUAGUCAUUUUUACAAAUUUGUAGUGCUUUAAUGAAUCACUCCAUUCUCUAAGCUUUUCAUUUAGGAGCUAUUGAGUAACAAUAACACUAAAUAUGUUGAGGUAGUGCUAAAUGUAGACAUGAAGUACAUGCUUCUGACAUGUGAACUUGGAAAAGACAAAUUCAAAAAGGUAACAGAACUAAUGGCAGCGUAGUUACUGAAAAGUCCUGCAUCAGACACUGGAGGAAGUCUUUAUACCGAUUAUACACCAAACUGUUUUAUGACCAUUUUUUUUCCAAGAACUAAAUUUGUUGGUUAAAAGGGAUACCAGGAAAAAAUGUCUCUCCCAGUGUGGAGCUCUAAACCCUGUGCUGAUUCUUAUCUCUGCAACAUGUGAGGCAACAUUACUGUGCUGCUCAUUUGAAAAGUGAAGUAAACACUUUUGAUUCAACCUUUAGCGAAUCCUUUAAGGAUUUAUUUCUGCCUAAACCAGCCAUUCAGGCAGACAUCAAGUUUUGCACUCCUCCUUCUUCUACACUCCUUUUACUGUUUCCCUCUCUCUCCAGAAUUGGCAGAAACACACAUUUCCUUAAAUCCAUGUCCCUCCCCUGUUUUAUUUAUGUAGUGUUUAAAUUAUUACACUGUUGUUACCUUGUAUCCUCUUUGCAUAAGAUGGCAGACAAGAAAGUCAAUAAACGGUGUCUUUUCUUAUGA